AUGAAGCUCAGCGCCCUCCUCGUCGGCGCUCUGGCCCUCGCGCCUUUAGCUUGCGCCUCGCCUGUAUCUACGGACGGUGGCCUCAGCAAACGCUGUGCCCCAGAAGACACAGAUGGAGGCUCCCACAGCAGCCACUGUCACCACCCUACGCCCACCGUGAACGAGAAGUCCAGCACGACUGUCCACUCUCACGACCAUCAUCAUCACCACAACAACAACACUACCACGUCAACCACUAGGUUCUGGGGAAAACCCUGGACGCCGAAAUGGUCACCCGUUGACGAAACCACAACGAGCGAGGUUGAUAGCACCAGUGCCACGUCGUCGACCAUCAGCUACGGGAAGCUGCAGACAACAUCACCGGAAGAAGAAAUGCUUCCAUACGAACUCACACAAAUGGCGCCGAGUACGACUCCCACACCGACUACCUCUACGGCUGACACUCAGUCAAUUUACCCGCGGAGGUCGGAGUCGACGUCGUUCUACGUCACACCCGGAAUGGGUUGA